AUGCAGCCGAAUUUGUUUCCCUUUGGAACCGCGCUGAGUAAUCCGUUUAUUUUCAAUGGUGAUUUGAGUGAAGGAGGUGGAAUCGAUAGUUCUAGGGUUUUCGUUUUGCUUCCGUUCUUCUUGCUCUCUCAAGGAGGAGCAAUGGAUUUGUCUAAGGUUGGGGAGAAGAUCUUGAGUUCGGUUAGGUCUGCGAGAUCGCUUGGAUUGCUUCCUUCUGUUCCUGAUCGGCCGGAGGUUCCAGCUCGAGCUGCUGCUGCAGCUGCCGUAGCUCGUGCUAUUGCAGGGUUACCUCCUCAUCAGAGGUAUAGUCUUUCAUCAAGUUCAGCAGAGCUGAGUUCAAUAUAUGGAAGCAUACCUCAUGGCCCUGCGGUGGAGGAACUGGAGGAUGAAUUCUACGAGGAGGAUUUUGAUCCAAUCAGGCAUAUUUUGGAGCGCGUUCCAUCUGAAGAAAAUGAGCUAUCAUAUUUUGAAAAGCAGGCUGCCCUUAGAUUAACACAAUUGGAUAAAGUAGCAGAGCAUUUGUCUCGCCAUGUUAUGGAGCAUCAUGAAGUAAUGGUGAAGGGGAUGAAUUUGGUCAGGGAAUUGGAGAAAGACUUGAGAAUUGCAAACGUCAUCUGUAUGAAUGGAAGAAGACACCUGACAUCUUCUAUGAAUGAGGUUUCAAGGGAUUUGAUUGUGAAUUCUUAUUCAAAAAAGAAACAAGCACUAAUGGACAUGCUUCCAGUCUUGACGGAACUUCAACGUGCACCAGACAUGCAAUCAACACUUGAAUCUCUUGUAGAGGAAGGGAAUUAUUGGAAGGCAUUUCAAGUCCUAUCAGAGUUUUUGCAACUCUUAGAUAGUUUGUCAGAGCUUUCUGUAAUGCAGGAGAUGAGUCGUGGUGUGGAGGUUUGGCUGGGAAGAACAUUGCAGAAGUUGGAUGCUCUUUUAUUGGAUGUGUGCCAGGAAUUUAAGGAAGACGACUAUAUGACAGUAAUUGAUGCGUAUGCAUUGAUAGGGGAUACCACUGGUCUUGCUGAAAAGAUACAAAGUUUCUUCAUGCAAGAAGUCAUAUCCGAGACACACUCAGUGCUAAAGGCUAUUGUGCACGAGGAUGAGGAGGGACUUGCGCAAAAUAGUAGUUGUUAUUUAAUUUCCAGGCUCACUUACAGCGACCUAUGCCUUCAAAUACCUGAUUCUAAGUUUAGACAGUGCUUACUGAGAACGUUGGCUGUUUUAUUUGACCUUAUGUGUUCAUACCAUGAAAUUAUGGAUUUUCAGCUAGAGAGAGAGGACUUACCAGCACAAACUUCUGAUAAGUGCAACGAAGACAUUUCUUGUGGUUUAGGUGUGGCUGGGGAAGUUGAUUCAGACGUAAGAGCAUGUAACAAUUCUAUGUCCAGUUCUGGGGAUGUGAUACAUGGGUCAUCUUCUAUAAAAGCACCUUCAACAAUCAGUUCACUGACUGAAACUACUGGUUCACCAUACAGCGAUUCUCAUGAUCCAGUGAAUGAGGUUAGUAAUGGGGAAAAUUCAGCAUCAAGCAUCGAUUCUCCAUGGUACCAUCUUCGGAAAGAAGCUACGACAUUUGUCUCUCAGACCCUUCAAAGAGGGCGCAAGAAUCUGUGGCAUCUCACUGCAAGUCGUGUCUCAGUGUUGCUUUCUUCUGCUGCAGCUUGUUCUACAAGCAUUCAUCAAUUCUUGAAAAACUAUGAAGAUCUGAGUGUGUUCAUUUUGACUGGGGAAGCCUUCUGUGGGAUUGAAGUGGUUGAGUUCAGGCAGAAGUUGAAGGUUGUUUGUGAAAACUAUUUCAUAUCAUUUCAUCGACAAAAUGUGCAUGCCCUAAAAAUGGUUUUGGAGAAGGAGACUUGGUUAAAAUUGCCUCCAGAUACUAUUCAAAUUAUCAGUUUUGCUGGGCUUAUUGGUGAUGGAGCGCCAUUGAUUUCUUUAUCUAGCAGUAAAUCAAUGAAUGCUAAUGCAAUGCAAUCCAAUAAUAAAUCAGUGAACAUGGUUCACACUGGUACAAAGAAGAGUGGGUUCUCUCAUUGGAUUAAAAAUGGAAAUCCUUUUCUGCCAAAAUUAUCAACCUCCAAAGAAGAAGAUGAAAAUGAGGAUCUUCUUGCUGACUUUAUUGAUGAAGACAGUCAACUUCCAAGUCGAAGUUCUAAACCCCAUCUUUCAAGAUUUCACUCUUCACAGGGUAAUGACGAAGAGAGUACAACGCAAACUGGAUCUUCUCUUUGUCUUUUAAGGUCUAUGGACAAAUAUGCAAGGCUUAUGCAGAAACUAGAAUUAAUAAAUGUUGAGUUCUUUAAGGGAAUAUGCCAGCUGUUUGAAAUUUUUUUCUAUCUUAUAUAUGAAACAUUUGGCCAGCUGAAUACUACUAAUUCAAGUGGAAAAAGCUCUGUUAACUCUCUUAAUUAUCGCUUGAGGACAGCAUUAUCUAGAAUAAACCAAGAUUGCGAGGAGUGGCUUAGACCCAACUCAUCUUCACCAACAUCUUUAAGUUCAUCAUUUGUACAUGCAGAGUUGACACCUACAAAUCCUCCAAAUAUGAAUUUUGGCCACCCCUCGGGGACUGCUUUUAGUCUUAAGGAAAGAUGUGUGGCUGUUGACACUAUAUCUGUUGUUGCUCGAAUAUUGAAUAGAUCCAAAGCUCACCUUCAAUCAAUGCUCUUGCAAAGUAAUUCAACUGUACUUGAGGAUUUCUUUGUUCAUCUGGUGGAUGCUGUACCAGAUCUUGUAGAGCAUGUGCAUCACACAACAGUAAGACAACUGCUUCACAUUAAUGGGUAUGUUGAACGUGUUGCUAAUUGUAAAUGGGAAGUAAAAGAGCUUGGCAUGGAGCAUAAUGGGUAUGUUGAUUUGUUGCUGGGGGAGUUUAAACACUUUAAAACACGACUUGUCCAUGGAGGAAUUCGUAAAGAGACUCAAGACAUAUUGCUGGACUAUGGGCUAGACAUUAUUGCAGAAACUCUUGUGGAAGGACUUUCGCGGGUGAAGAGAUGUAAUGAUGAAGGACGAGCUCUAAUGUCAUUGGAUCUGCAGGUUUUGAUAAAUGGGCUAAAGCAUUUUGCGUCAUUGAAUGUAAAGUCCAAGCUACAAAUGGUGGAAACUUUCAUUAAGGCUUACUACCUUCCGGAGACAGAAUAUGUACACUGGGCACGUGCGCACCCGGAAUACAGUAAAACCCAGGUUGUUGGAUUGAUCAACCUUGUUGCCUCUAUGAAAGGGUGGAAGAGGAAAACAAGGUUGGAAAUACUGGAAAAGAUUGAGUAA